AUUUGUAUCCCGGUGCGGACAGAAUUUUUAAAAAUGUUUAAAAUUCAAAUAUUUUCUUUUGUGAGCCUAUCAUUGUACAUGAUUGUUAGUUGUGAAGCAGAUCCUCACUUGUGUCUACAACACGUAGCUGUAAACUACACGGAGAGUAUCCCUAAGGCCAUGGAGGAUUAUGGAAGCUUUUCAAAAUAUUUCACUCAAUUAGGAAUUCCAGCAGGAAGUAAAAAUGUGACCAAAACCAAAAUGGAAGAUCAAUAUCUAUGUUGUCCUGGCUUCAAAAAGUCCGCCGAAGGCAAUUGUGUGGUCGACGAGACCACAACUACGACCACGACCACAACAUCGACUACAGAAGGACACGAUACAACCGAAUCAAUUGAUUCACCCCCAAUGGAUUCUUCUCAUUCUUCAAGCCAGAUUAAACCAUCUAGUCCUGAUAAGGAAGUGAAUAAGAGCCACAAACCACUCAUUUUGGGGCUAAUUUUAGGAAUUUGUCUUGUAAUAAUUGUCACAGCUUCUCUGAUUACUUGGCGAAUUCGCAAGCGCCGAACUGUAUUAGAUAAUGAAAGUCAUCAAGUGAAAUUUGAUGCUGAAAUGCAAAGAGCUCUAAUAUAAAACUUGAACCAAUAGCAUUGAUACGUAUAUAUAAAUUCUUAUCUAUCAAC